AUUAAUUUUACUUUAUAAACACUUUCAAAAUGACUGGAGGAAAAUCUGCUGGAGGAAAGGCGGGAACCACCAAGAACGCUCAAUCCCGUUCAUCCAAGGCUGGUCUCGCAUUCCCAGUUGGUCGUGUUCACCGUCUUCUCCGAAAGGGUAACUACGCUCAACGUGUUGGUGCUGGUGCCCCUGUCUACCUCGCUGCUGUUCUUGAGUACCUCGCGGCUGAAAUCCUUGAGUUGGCCGGUAACGCUGCUCGCGACAACAAGAAGACCCGUAUCAUCCCACGUCAUCUCCAACUCGCCAUCAGAAACGAUGAGGAAUUGAACAAGCUUUUGGGACAUGUUACAAUCGCACAAGGUGGUGUCUUGCCAAACAUUCAUCAAAACCUUCUUCCAAAGAAGACUGCCAAGACUGCUGGUGGAAAGCCUGCCAGUCAAGAGCUAUAGAUUUUCGUUUCUGGGUUGUUGGCUUGAGAUGGUCUGCUUUUAUGAUAAUGGGGUGUCGUAUGGGUAUGGGUUUAUGGUUAUUUUUUCGCGUUCCGGUUGUACAUUAAAAUCCAUGGCAAUGGAUUAGGAUUGCUUUCUGAAUCAAUCUUAUGAAUGAAAAAUCCGAA